GCGCUAAUCACAUGCACGCGUGAAGUGGCGCUACGACGGGAUAGGUGGAGGCACCAGGCCGCGGCGCGGCUCGCGUCGCGCGCGAGCGACGGGACGCCAGUUGAAAAAUGGCGGACUGCGAGAAGGAGGAGGCGCACAAUCUCCAAAUGGAGUUCGAGUGGGUGCUCCACGAGGAGGUGCACUCCUCGUUGUCGCAGCUCCGGAAUAUCCUGAUGGAAUGUGCUCAACGCUUCCCAUUGGCUCUCUUCGGCAACGACCAGCACAAUAAAACCGACAGAUUCGUCUUCGCGGCCCCGCACGAUCAAGUCAAGUGCGUCGCCGUUCUGACGGGCGACAGUAUUACGAAUGCGGAGGUGAAUUUCAAGGUGCAGCGGCAACAGAAUAUUAACAUGAGGACGAGCAUUCAAAGUGAACAUCCGUGGAAGCUGCAACAAAUUCAGGACGCCGCUAACCACUUGCAGCAGGGCAUCGCCCACAUAGACAAUGUGGACAGGCAUUAUCUCUUUAAAACGUCGGACGAGGUCAUGCACGUGCUAGGUAAUAUCCUGGGCUGCCUGCAGAGGAGCAGAACCAGUUUGAUCGUCCCCAGGAAGAAGACCAUUGACGAUCUUAUCAAGAGUCGAAACAUGAAAUCUCUGAAUCCAAACCUUCCGGAGAACUUGGCCAUUAGCUUUUACAUUCAAAGCUACAAACUGGUUUUAGCUGUUUAUCAGUUAGAAAAUGCUCACGGUAGCGUCAAGUAUGAAACCCAACAGGCGGAAUGCAGCGUGCCAUGGCUGAAUGAUGCUCUCGUAUUGCUUACCAUAGCUCUACAACUUUGUCAACGACUGAAAGACAAGAUAUGCGUCUUUUCUCAAUACAAAGAUUUUACGGUAGGUUCUCGUGUUCCUUCCGCGAUGGGCUGGUAACCUAACACCAAAAUUCGUCUUUUCGAAUAAAACUCAAUACAGCGUACGAUGGUACACGCAAGUGAGAAAGAUUUGGCCUCAACUGGUAAUAUUUGCCUCUGGCCUUUGUUUUUAUAUAUGUUAAUUGUUGUCCCUUCAUCGUAUUUAUCACUGCACUAGAGUUUUUAAACAUUUCCAAAUGUAAUUAUAGUGUGCGCCUAGUAUAUGUAUAUAUAGUAAUAUAUGAUGUAUCGUAAGUUACUAAAAUACCCGAUCAAAGAUUCACAUGGAGAUGUGGGUCACCAAUGGAUAAUAACAAACCGCAUAUUAUAAUAGCCCGUAUAGGCCAGAAAUGGAAGAUUUUGAGAGCAUUUUGCCAAUUACUGGUGUGCCUAUCACCAUGUUGUACUACCUGUGUUCUUCCCAUUUCUGUGGUAGGUUUUCAUCAUCGUGUAAAUCCAACUUUGGCAUAUAAUAUCUAAAAAUUUGUCAUUUUAUCUACGAAUUGAUAGAAUGAUAUUUAAUACGUCUACUGUGAUUCUAGAAAUCUACGCUGUAAUCCUCUCCUUACUGGAUUUGCUAUAGACGCUUGCGUACAUAUUUACACAACUUAUUGUGUGCAUAAUCACCAAAAGAGCAUUUUUAAUUUAAUUUCACGAAACUACCAAGUUAUUCGGGAAAUCACGUUUUUACACUUCAGCUUUCGCGUAUGUUUUAACUGUCGUAAUAUACUCGAUGAGAUCAAGAAUUCCUUUCAACGUCGGUAAUUUGUUCGUACCGAUACAAUAAAUCAGUGCCCUGUGAACGUGAACGUUAAAAUAAAAAUUGAGAUCUAAAGCUUGAGAAAGAAAAACUCUUACUUGUCGGACACCCUCUCUAAUAUUUCUUCCUUUCUAAAGUUUUCGAAACUUCGGAGUAAAAGACUUCAGGUGCAAUAACUUGGUAUCUGCUUGCUAAUAGAAGGCGUGCUAACUUAAUGAUAACUAAUGCGUGUAUAGUUGUGGAAAUGCCAUUUUAUUUAUCAAGUAUUAUUUAAAGAUAAUAAGUAGAUAAAUACCAUGUGCCUCACGUGUGUGAUUCCGAAUUUGGAUAAAGUACCAAUACUUUACAUGAUGAUGCAAUUUUUGUAAUCGGUAUUUUGAUUACUGAAAUUGUUACAGAGGAAAUAAAUAGUGUAUAUGUACACACGUAUUUGAGAAGGAAAAUAUAUUGCCAAAGAAAAUGUUGCUCUAGGUUAUUAACAGUAGGGAAAGGAUUAAGGUUUAUAAUUAAAACAAGUGCUUAAAUAUAAUAAGUAGUUAGUAAAUUCUUUUAGUAAAUUAAAGAUGUAUAGGAAAAAAAUUAAUCUCCAUUUGCAUUUCUUUGAUGGUUCAGUGAAAUUGUUGAAAAUUAUGUUUCCAAGAGUUGGGGGGGGGGGGUAUAUAACGAUUAUAAUCACUUCAAGAGAAUCGACACAAAAAUUUUGGUGUGUCAGUAAAUUCAUUCAACUUUCAAGUUAAAGAGUGAGAACAAGAUUGGCCCCAUUUUUUGCAUUCCAUUUCGGUCACAAAGUAGGUAGCAAACGAAAGGUCUCGAUCAAGAUGAUCGCAGAUAUGUCAGUCUCAGAGUGUACCUCUUUAACGUUUCAGAGACGUCGGGCUCCAAAAAUUCCCAGGACGUAAGCGAUGAAGCCGUCUGGACAGACACCUACCAUUUGUUUGGAAUGGAACGGAACCUUUGGAGCCCGUUAUCUCCGGAACGUUAAAUAUGUACACUCUGAGACUGACAUAUCUGCAAUCAGCUUGACAAGACCUUUUGUUUGGUACCUACUUUGUGACCAAAAUCGAAUGCGAAAAAAAUGAGGCCGUUUGCCUGCAUGUAGACACUUGUUCUCACACUCUUUGAUUCUAAUUACACAUCGAGAAAUGGAAAAAAAAUCUUGCCCAAGUCAUUAUUGUAUAGUAUUUCCACACGAUUUAUAUGCAUAUAGUCAUAUGUAUGCGUUUAUAUGUAUUUAGAUAUAAUGUUUAUUAUUUUAAUAAUUUAUAUGCUUCUUUUAACCUGCAUUGUAAUCUAAUUCGAGAUAACGGAAAGUUGUAAUAUUUUAAAUAUUAAAUUUAUAUACAAGAUAUUGUUUACUGUUGCGUAUGUUGUUUACUGUUGCGUAUAUUGUAUGUUAUAAAUAUGAUCUAACAACACACCGAUACAUUUAAAAUUUGUCUUAAAAGCUGAUUAGGUAUUAUUGUACUUAUGUAAUUUACGUGUUUAAUUUAUUUACGACGAUUAAAUAAAUAUAUGAAUUAAACCGUUA